AUGGAGGAGCCCGAGAAGAAGCUGGCCCAGAAGAGUGACGGCAAACCCCGGAAAGUCCGAUUUAAAAUCUCUUCCUCCUACAGCGGCCGUGUGUUGAAGCAAGUCUUUGAAGACGGGCAGGAAUUAGAGUCACCAAAGGAGGAAUACCCUCACAGUUUCCUCCAAGAGUCCCUUGAACCAAUGGAUGGUGUUUACGGAUCUGGGGAAGUCCCGAAGCCCCAACCGUACUCUCCCAAGCUGACUGCUCAGAGGAUCAGCGUGUUUCGAGAGGGUAGUGCCUACACCUUAGCAGGCAGCCAGCCUUUCUUCAAUGAUUACAAGGCCAAUGACCAUAAGUCCCCACCUAUUAUAGAUUUUGGAAAGAUAAUCAUCUACACGAAUAACCUGAAAAUCAUUCGAACUCCAAUGGACAAGAGAGAUUUCAUGAGGAAAAUGCUGCAAAAGGAAGAGGAGGCCGAGGAAGAGUCUCUGAUGAGCAAAGAAGGAAUCUGUGCACACCAGAACCAUGGUCCUUUGCCAGAGAUGGAAGGCACCUUCCCCCAUAACCAGUACCCACAGGAAGGGGAGCAGCCCGAGGACAACUGUUUCCACUGCCAAGGUUCGGGCAGUGCCACCUGCUCUCUGUGCCACGGCAGCAAGUUCUCGAUGCUGGCCAACAGAUUUAAGGAGUCCUAUCGGGCCCUGCGGUGCCCUGCCUGCAAUGAGAAUGGCCUGCAGCCUUGCCAGGUCUGCAAUCAAUAGCCUGUGGGCUUUGUAGGUCCACUUUGAUGGCGUCCUCCCUGAAGCUAUUUCUGAUAAACUGCUCCUCCUCCAUCUCCUCCUCCCUCUCCUAGCAAGAAGCCAGGGUGGCUGCAGCACUUCCACCACUGACACAGCUCAGUUACUCCAUCACAUUUUGUGAGGCUGGUAACUUCUCCACGUGGGUCUAAGUGACAGAGGCAUUUUUGAAUUAGAGUCUGUUUUGAAGCUGUUCUAAAAUGAUCCUUCUAGAACCAUGCACAUGUAUCUCACUUGACUUAGCUCAGUUUUCUCCUUGCACAAGUGAACAAAUAAAUGUGCAGUUCAGACAGCAGGUUGAAGUCAUUUUCUGGUUGGGAGUUAUUUUGCAAAAUUAUGCGAUGAGAAAGGAAUUAAAAAAACAACAACACAGGUUUCUUAGGAACUGAAUUCCUGAAUUUCUCAGGAAAUGAAAUGCUUAUAAUGCAUUUCAAAUUGGUCAAAUUUCAUGUUUUAAUUAAGCAGAAGAGGAAAGGGGUGCCCAAUGCUGAAUGCACUAGCAUGUCACUGAAAACAAAAUAGGAGGUACACGGUUCUUGCUGAAGACAGGCAAGCUGAGGAGGCCUUUUUUUCAAAGUCCUGAGUCUGUCCCUUUGUGAUGUGCUUGGGUAAUAUGCAUGUGGGCACGACCAGUGCUGCUUCUUAGGACAAGAUGAGAUAAGAUAUUUCCGUGUGCCUCUGAACUACUGGGUUAUAAGCCAAGUCAAAAUCAUUUAUGAUAAAUUCGGUGCUUAAGUGUGUGUCUGUGUCUGUGUAUGUGUAUGUGUGUGUGUGUGAUAUGACUUCUCCCAGAUCCCAAAUUAUUACCAAAUAAAUGAAUUUAUUUUAAGGCUAAGAUAUAGCCAUGAUCUCUUCAUAAAAGACUAUGGAUAUAUUAUAGGUAUCUACUGGAAAUUUAAAAAAAAAAACUAGCCAAGGAUGUUUAGCAAUUAUGUUUCUACUGUCUAUGAAUACACAUACUAAGAAUAAUGUUUCCUCUUAAAGUUGGUUGUAAAAUUAGAAAAAUAGUUUUGUUAAUGAACUUUUGUAACUCUAACAGCCCCUCCCUUCCCCCUUGAGAAAUCCAUUAUCUAUUGAGGUGCAUCGCUUUUCUAUGGUAAUUAUUUUGAUUUGCUUAACUUUUUCAAGAUUUGUUUGUUAUUCUCUAUAUUCAGCUGCUAAGAUACUUCAGUAGUGGAGUGCUUUUCAGAUAAUAUAAAUACUUCUUAUAAAAAUGCUAUUUGCAUUGACAUGGAUGGUCCUAAAAACUGUCAUACAAAGUCAAGUAAGUCAGUAAAACAAAUAUUGUAGAGUAAUACAUAUAUGUGAAAUCUAGAAAAAUGGUACAGAUGAACCUAUUUGCAAGACAGAAAUAGAAACACAGACAUAGAGAACAAAUGUAUGG